UGAUCUAAACAACACAGCUCGCACAGUCAACUGAAGUUUACUACAACCAAGUGGAAUUAUUUACUAAUAUCGACACAUUAAGAAACCGAAUCUGGUUCCGAUACAACUGGUUUCGCUCAGUGAACAUGAAGAUGUUUUAACUAAACCCGAAUGAGAAGAGACUGAAACACGUUGUCGUGCUAGCUGGUUAGCCAAUGCUAGCAGUGAUGGCAGCCUCCACUCCUCCGGUGCUCUCUGCUCCUGUGUUCAGUCAAAAGCAACGCAAAUCUGCUCAGAGGAAAGACCGAAGGAAACGGAAACGCCAGGCUCUCGCCCAGGCCAGAGAAGGUGGUUUAAAAAAUGGAGAAAGCUGUAUUCCUGAGGAAGAAGAAGAAGAACUCCAUGAUGAAGACGAUGAGGAUAAUGAUGUUGCUGAGGAGGAAAGACUGCGACUACAUGAGGCGUGGCUGCAAAGAGAAAAACGUGCUCAGGAGGAAUUCAGGCUUAGGUCUGAGAAAGAGGAAGCUGCAAGGAGAAGAAAAGAGGAGGAGGAGCGGAUGAUAAAGGAGGAAUGGGAUGCCGAGCAGAAGAGAGAACACGACGCAACUGAGCAGAAACAGCAGCAGAAACGAGACAAAGAGGAGGCUGUUCAGAAAAUGUUGGAUGAAGCUGAAAAUCAGCUCGAGAACGGGGGACCGUGGAUGAAUCCUGAGGCUCCAGUGAAAGAGAAAUCUGAGAACUUUGGAACAGAGCUCGAUGUAGCCAACUGUCCGUUCUUCCUUAAGACCGGAGCAUGUCGAUUCGGAACCAGAUGUUCUCGGAAGCACAGUUAUCCCUCUUCCAGCCCAACUCUGAUGAUCCGCAGUAUGUUUAAAACGUUCGGCAUGGAGGAGUCACACCGUGAUGAUUACGACAUCGAUGCCUGUUUGGAGCACAGCGAGGAGGACCUGCAGGAAACCUUCGUUGAGUUCUACCAUGAUGUUCUGCCAGAGUUCAAGAGUGUGGGCAGAGUGGUUCAGUUCAAGGUCAGCUGUAACCAUGAACCCCACCUGAGAGGAAACGUUUACAUUCAGUUUGAUACUGAGGAGCAGUGUACAGAAGCCUUCAUCAAGUUCAAUGGGAGGUGGUACGGAGGCCGACAGCUUCAUUGCGAGUUGUGUCCUGUUACGCGGUGGAAGAAUGCUAUAUGUGGAUUGUUUGACAGACAGAGGUGCCCCAAAGGGAAGCACUGCAACUUCCUGCAUGUGUUUCGAAACCCUGGCAAUGAAUUUUGGGAGGCCGACAGAGACCUGCACUUGUCACCAGACCGCAGUGUCAGGGGGAGUCACAGAGACAGUUGGCGUUCAGAGCGACACGGGGACCGAUCGUGGUGGCAGCGCCGCUCCAGCAGAAGCCCACCGAGAUCAGAGAGAUCCCACAGCAGGCGAGAGGACAGCAGGAGAGAGGACAGCAGGCGAGAGGACAGCAGGAGAGAGGACAGCAGGCGAAGGAGCAGGAGUCGAGAGAAGAGGGACUCCCACCAGGACAAGGACGACAAUUGGUCCAGAUCGAGACACAGUGAAAGGAGGUCAGAUAGGCAUUUGAGAAGUAGAAGCAGAAGUAGAGACAGAGCGAGGAGUAGAAGUAGAGACAGAGAGCAAGACAGGCUUAGAAACAGAAGUAGAGACAAAGACUGGGAACACAAGCCCAGGAAUAAAACAGAAGGAGACAGACAAGAUGGUGAUGAAUACAAGAGAGAACCUAAAGAAAGGUCAAGAAGCACAAGCACAGAGAGGGAAAGAAUCAAGUUAAGUAGAGAAACGAGCCCCAAGAAUCCGGGUAAACAUAGGAAAAGAUCUAAUGAUGAUACAGACACACACUCUCGACACAAGCGCUCGAAGAAGAGCAAGAAAAAGAGCAAGAAGAAGCACAAGAAGAAAAACCAUUUGCCUGAAGGAACCACAUCCUCAGGAAACUCUGAAAAGGAGAAAGAGUCGGAGGAAGAGAUGGAGAACAAUUCUGGUACGACUCCUUGUGAACCGACCAAUGAAACAGAUCCUGAAAAACUGUGAUGUAGAUGUGAGCUUCUUGAUUUGAAUCUGGACUCUGUAUGUAUAGGAAGGAAUAAAUGUGAGUGGUGACUCAAUAAGUUAA